CAGUCUAUAUUUCUGCAGGUUAACUGGCGAUUUAACGACGAUGCAUUCACACAUCCGCUUACACUAGCAUGUGAUUAGCAGGACUGCCCCACUCCAGUCCUGUAGGUCCACAGUUCUGCUACUUUCAGACGUCUCUGCUUCAACGCACCUGAAUCACAUAAUUAACUCAUUAAUAGGACUCUUUAGAACUUGACUGCAUGUUGAGAAGGUAAAUUAACAUUGGAUUCAGGUGUUUUGAACCACAUAUAUUGCCCUAAAUGCUUCAGUAUUUCCUGCUAAUGAUAUGACGUCAGCUGUGGCCAACAGAGCCAUAGGAGCCAUUGUUGGAUCAGCUGUUGCAGAUGCUGCAGCUCAGCCCCUCCAUUGGGUGUAUGAUCUCCAGAAACUGAAAGGGAUCUUGGCUCAGGAUCCAAACCCUGAAUUCCGCUCCGAGUCGGCCAAUCCCUUCUACAGGAGGCAGACGGGCCAGCAGAGCUGCUACGGAGACCAGGCUUAUGUCCUGCUUGAGUCCCUUUCAGAAUGUGGAGGUCUAAAUGCUGAUGAUCUGAAGCAGCGCACACUGAAAUUCUUUGGGCCAGGUUCAGAGUAUGACACGCCUGUCAAUGACCCUUACCGAGACCGUAGUGGCCCAAGACCUCAGCUGCCUAUUGAAGGACCAUGGAGACAAGCAAGCUUGAAGAGCUUCUUAAAGAAUGUUGAUGCAGGCAAAGAGGAGACGGGCUGUGAGACGGACUGUCAGAUUGAUGGGAUAGCCAAGCUGGCUCCUAUAGUGGCUUUCUAUGCAGGACAACCUGACAUGCUGGAAAAGGUUGAACAGGCCAUCCGAGUCACCCAGAACAACGAUGAAUGUGUUGCUGAAACUUUGGCUGCGGCAAGGUUUCUGGAGCAUUUUAUCCUGACUGGUCCAGAUCCAAAAGCUUUGGAUGUAGUGCUAAAUCAGCUCAACGACCCCAACAGAAAGCAGCCCCAGGACCUGGACAAAGCAGUGAUUGGGCACAUUCAUCAAGUGAAGGAGAAUUUAUCAAAGCCUCCACAGGAGCUGAUUCCCACUGUGUUUUCCAACACAUGAGGUUUGCCAAGUGCCUUCCAGGCAGCGCUGCAUGGAGUCCUGACAGCCAAACAGUUUGAGACGGCCAUCAGAGACACCAUGAGCUGUGGGGGGUGCACCUGUAGCAGAGCCUCCUUCAUUGGAGCAUGCGUUGGAGCCCAGAUUGGGCUUGAAAGAAUCCCAGCAUCUUGGAUGAGCAAAACCUUACGAUGCAACUCUGUGCUGGAGAAAGCUAAGAAGAUUACCAAACAUCACCUAUAAUGUUGUGGUUCACAGUAUGAGGUGGCCGAGAGCAUCAUGGAAAAACUGUUGGGCGUUUGCAGAGCUGUUAGUGACGGCUUUUGUCUAAACUUAGGGACGGCAAGAGCCAGAUGUUGUUGUCUCUGUUAAAGUCAAACAUGUUGGUUCAGAUGUUCCGGAAGAGAUUAUUUUUUACCAGACUCAUUCAAAACUUGAUUAAGAACAGCGUCUAUUAUCUUUUUUUUUUUUUUUAAACCUUUAUUGAAGAAAAUUGAGCACAUUGAUAAAAUGCAACUAUUGUCAAUUAAAGCAAAUAAAUUGUUCAAAAGGGCCAAUCAGUAAACAUACAAGCACUUUCUGUCUUUGUUAUAUAUGUAAUCAUAUACAUUUAGCUUUGACAACUUAAAUCAUCAGUGUACAUGUGGAUCAACAGGAAAAAAAUAAACAUGACACAUCUACAGUAAGAGCAUAGCUUUGUAAGGCUCAAUGAAAGACAUUUAGAGUUUAAUUGUAGACGUAGCUUUAAGUUCUCUUCAUCAAGUGAAGGAUAAUCAUUCAGGUUCUGAGCAAAUAAACCAAAACUUGCUUUUAAAACCCUAAAAA